AUGGUUCUUCAAAUAUCAACGGCUCACUUGAUAAAUUCAGCACAAAGGCCAAAACCGCAUGAAAAUGUGUCGGGAUGGACUUCACCACCACCGCGUCUUCUUGGAAGAAAUGCUGGAUGUGAUGCGGUACUCUCCAGCUGCGGGCCGAAUGGUGGAUGCUGUGAUGAACACGAUAGUUGUUGGGAAGUAGAAAAGUGUACUGCUUUGAGUUGGAUACCUGGUGUCAAUGGUCUUGACUGUUGGAGUUGUAACUGGAAUGUGAUGAAAUGUGCUGUUAUGCGAAAUCCAGGAAUGAGUUCAUGUUGUUCAGAGGGUACAUGCGGAAUGGAUGACGAUCAAGCGGAAACACACAGGGAAGGACAACGAAGACGACGUUAG